GAAGCGUGGUGUACGUUAGUGUCUCGGUAUUGUUUGAAUGUAUUGACUGCUGUGGUGGCUUCAGUGGGACUCUGAUAGUUGUCGCAUAAAGGCGCGUUUGCAAAUACAGUAACAAAUACUGCCAACCCUCAAAAGUCGCUGUCGAAGCCGCCGCCGCCGUCGUCGUCGUCGCUGCUGUUGCGUCGUUACAGCAAAAACAAGUGCGCGAGUGUUGUAAAAUGUUUGUUAGCUGUGAAACGAGCGCAUUAGCGGCGCUGCUGCUGCUCUGCUGCUGCACAAUGCAUGCAGCUGCCGCUGAUUUGGUGGACAAAUUGCGGGAUGAUUCCGAACUUUCGCAGUUCUAUAGUCUGUUGGAGCAGAAUCCUGUUGCUAAUUCGACGCUCUCGCUGCGCUCCUGCACGAUCUUUGUGCCCACCAAUGAAGCCUUCCAGCGCCACAAGGGACCCACACAUGUCCUCUAUCACAUCACCACCGCGGCGUUCAGCAAAGAUCAACUGGAAAAGACCGUGUCAUCGGACAUGAACGGCAAUCCUCCGCUGUACAUCACAAAGAGCCGCAAUGGUGACAUCUAUGUGAACAAUGCUCGCAUCAUACCCUCACUCAGCGUCGAGCUGACCGAUCGCGAGGGCAAGCGACAGGUCAUGCACAUUAUCGACGAGGUGCUGGAUCCACUCACUGCGCUGCCAACUGCCAAGACAGAAAUAAACAAUCUGGAUGCACUACAAUUUAUACAAAAGGCUGAUCAGCUGAACGUGGGCGAUAACAAACUGCGCACCUAUCGCUCCCAGGUUACGCUAAUGAAGAAGGAAUCGCUCUAUCAGGCGCCUGGAGCGCACACCUUCCUGUUGCCCGUCGAUGAGGGCUUCAAGCUCUCGACCCGCAGCAGUUUGGUGGAUGGCAAGGUCAUCGAUGGUCAUGUUAUACCAAACACUGUCAUUUUCACUGCCGCCUCGCAACAUGACGAACCCAAGACUUCCGCUGCCUUUGAGGAUCAGCUCAAGGUCACAGUGAGCUUCUUCAAGCAAAAGGACGGCAAAAUGUAUGUCAAGUCCAAUACAAUCAUUGGCGAUGCCAAGCAUCCUCAGGGUGUGGUCCUGGCCGAGAUUGUCAAGGCCAAUAUACCUGUGAAAAACGGUGUGAUCCAUUUGAUCCAUCGUCCGCUCAUGAUCAUCGAUACGACUGUCACCCAAUUUUUACAGUCGUUCAAGUUUCUGAACGAUAACGGCGAGAAUGGAGCACUACGCAAAUUCUACGAGGUGAUCAUGGACGCCGGUGGCGCAGUGUUGGAAGGCAUAAACAAUCUGUCUGAAGUGACUAUUUUGGCACCCAGCAAUGAGGCUUGGAACAUAUCUUCCAUAGACAAUAUUAUUAGGGAUCGCAAGAAGAUGACCGAUAUUCUGAACAUGCACAUCAUCAAGGAUCGCUUGAACGUUGAGAAGAUCAGACAAAAAAAUGCCAAUAUGAUCGCUCAGGUGCCAACGGUGAAUAAUAGAACGUUCCUUUACUUUAAUAUCAACGGCGACGAUGCUGAUGCCGUGAUCACUGUUGAAGGUGGUGGCGUAAACGCCACAGUGCUGCAGGCCGAUGUGGCACAAACCAAUGGCUAUGUGCAUAUCAUUGACCGUGUGCUAGGCGUGCCGCAUACCACUGUGCUGGGCAAGCUGGAAACCGAUCCCAUGAUGAGCGAUACCUACAAGAUGGGCGAGUUCUCGCACUUUAACGAUCAGCUAAACAAUACCCAACGCCGAUACACGUUCUUUGUGCCCCGCGACAAGGGUUGGCAGAAGACUGAACUGGAUUAUCCCUCGGCGCACAAGAAGCUCUUCAUGCGUGACUUUGCCUACCAUUCCAAGUACAUUUUGGAGCGCCAUCUGGUCCUUGCGGAUCAUGUGUUCACCAUGAAAGAUCUUGCGCAAAUGUCACUUACCACAGACAACGUGGUGCUGCCCACACUCCGUGAUUCACUCAAAGUGAAGGUCGAGGAGGAGGCUGGACAUCUACAUGAUGAGUACGCUAGUCACGAAUGGACUGGAUAUGUGCUCGUGUGGAAUUAUAAGAAGAUCAAUGUAUAUCGGCCAGAUGUUGAGUGCACCAAUGGCAUUAUACAUGUCAUCGACUAUCCGCUCCUGGAGGAGAAAGACAUUGUUGUGAGCGGAGGUUAGAUAUUGUAACUAGCCUGUGUGUGUGUGCUCACUACAAUAGCUGCGCGACAAAUGUGGGUACCACAUAAUAAUAUUAAUACCCUGUGUUAUCCAAGUAAAGAAAUACAGUAAACUAUCAGCCCAAACGUACACACUAUCGACAAGAAUCACGCAACCAACCUACCAGACAACCCCCAAACACCCACUACUUAUAUCAAAAUUGUAGCGAAAUGCAGUCAAAUUGUCGCACUGUGUAGUGGCCGAUCACUCCAUAUCGAGACCGAUCUAUCGAUCAUUGAUCCAAGACCCUCCUCCAAGUUAUCUUUAGUAGGCGCCGUGGUCGCUGCAGCGUCGUUGCUUGUUUUGUAAUCAGUUUAGAUUUGCCAUAAGUGCAAUGUAUUAGCUAAAAACAAACAACAAAGAAAAACUAAAACUAAACGAAAAGAAUACGCUAAAUGAAAUUGUACACGAAAGCUUUAAAAUUUAAUCGGAAUAUGGAAGAGGGAUUUGUAUGUCGUAGUCAGUAGUUACACGUUAAGCAGCACCCUUGACUUUGUCGGGAGAGGGGGCCCAAUGUGUAACUAGUGCCUUACUAAAGAUAAACGCAUUACCUUAACCUUUAUACAAAUUUACUCAUCAUAAACAUAAACUUAAAGAAAACAAUGAAAAAAGGAUAGCAGGCCAUGGAUAAUACAAAUGGCAAACGUUAAUUGCUAGCGAUUCAAGUCAAGCGUAUAACUUUGAAAUUAAAAAAAUGUAUUCAAAAAUGUAAGAGAUUAUAUUUACAUACCUAAAACCUAAAAUAUAUGUAACAGGCAUUGCAGCAUUUCUGCUUAUAAAUGUACACAAUUAAAUGAUAUAAUUAAUAGGCCACAUGCUAUUUACACCAAAUACCAAUACCAUACAUAAGACGAACCGAUAAAUGAAUAUUUUUCCAAAAAUUCACUUAAAUAUCACAGAACUAUAAACUAUAAAAGUCCAUUGCAGGGCAGCCAGAAUGUUAAAAAUAUAUUAACACACCAAAUAUGUAUAUUUAGUAAUUGAGUUUCGAAACAAUAACAAUAACAAUAAAUAUAUGCAUAUACAUAUGAAGCUUAAACUACGGUAAACAUCAGUGCAAACAAAUAUUAAUCGACUUUAUUUUAUGACAAACGCUUUUUACAAUAAACUAAAAUUCAUAAUUGUGUAUUCGUCAAAAAUAAACACUAAUUUUGCCUAGCAUUAGUUUAAGAAUAAUAAAUAAAAUGUAUUACAUAACUAAAUGUCAACAAACAACAAGCUUGAGCGAAUAAAUCUUCUACAAUAUA